GGAGUGGCGCUGCGGGCCGGGGGCGGGUCGCGGUCCGCCCCUCCGUCCCUCCGUCCUGCCCUGCCGGGGACGUGCGUUCCACUCUCGGUCGCCUCGGAGAGGGAGCGAGGGAAGCGGCUGGAGGGUCGGGGACAAGGAACAUUCGCUUGAGGCUGGAGGAGGCUGAACUGCGUCCCCGCCCAGCCCGCGCCUAUGCGGUACUUGAAGGAUGGCGAAGAGGUCGCGCAGUGAGGAUGAGGAUGAUGACCUCCAGUAUGCUGAUCAUGAUUAUGAAGUACCACAACAAAAAGGAUUGAAGAAACUCUGGAACAGAGUAAAAUGGACAAGAGAUGAGGAUGAUAAGUUAAAGAAGUUGGUUGAACAACACGGAACUGAUGAUUGGACUCUAAUUGCUAGUCAUCUUCAAAAUCGUUCAGAUUUUCAGUGCCAGCAUCGAUGGCAGAAAGUUUUAAAUCCAGAAUUGAUAAAGGGUCCCUGGACUAAAGAAGAAGAUCAGAGGGUUAUUGAAUUAGUUCAGAAAUAUGGGCCAAAAAGAUGGUCUUUAAUUGCAAAACAUUUGAAAGGAAGAAUAGGCAAGCAGUGUAGAGAAAGAUGGCAUAAUCAUCUGAAUCCUGAGGUAAAGAAAUCUUCCUGGACAGAAGAGGAGGACAGGAUCAUCUAUGAAGCACAUAAGCGGCUGGGAAAUCGUUGGGCAGAAAUUGCCAAACUGCUUCCUGGAAGGACUGAUAAUUCUAUCAAAAAUCAUUGGAAUUCUACCAUGCGAAGAAAAGUGGAACAGGAGGGCUACUUACAAGAUGGAAUAAAAUCAGAACGAUCUUCAUCCAAACUUCAACACAAACCUUGUGCGACUAUGGACCAUUUGCAAACCCAGAAUCAGUUUUACAUACCUGUUCAGAUCCCAGGCUAUCAGUAUGUGUCACCUGAAGGCAAUUGCGUAGAACAUGUUCAGACUUCUUCUGCCUUUAUUCAGCCACCCUUCAUUGAUGAAGAUCCAGAUAAGGAAAAAAAAAUAAAGGAACUUGAGUUGCUUCUUAUGUCAGCUGAGAAUGAAGUUAGAAGAAAGCGAGUUUCAUCGCAACCUGGAAGCUUUUCUAGCUGGUCUGGUAGUUUCCUCAUGGAUGAUAGCAUGUCUAAUACUCUAAAUAGCCUCGAGGAGCACACUAGUGAGUUUUACAGUAUGGAUGAAAAUCAAACUCUGUCUGCUCAGCAGAAUUCACCCACAAAGUUCCUGGCCGUAGAGGCAAAUGCUGUGCUGUCCUCUCUACAGACCAUCCCAGAAUUUGCAGAGACUCUAGAACUUAUUGAAUCUGAUCCUGUAGCAUGGAGUGAUGUUACCAGUUUUGAUCUUUCUGAUGCUGCUGCUUCUCCUGUCAAGUCUACCCCCGUCAAACUAAUGCGAAUUCAACACAAUGAAGGAGCCAUGGGAUGUCAGUUUAAUGUCAGUCUUGUACUUGAAGGGAAAAAAAACAGUUGUAACAGUACAGACAGUGAGGCUGUUCCUGUAACAUCCCCAAAUGUGGCCAAGUUUAGCACUCCACCAACCAUCCUCAGAAAGAAGAGAAGAAUGCGAGUGGGUCAGUCCCCAGGCAGCGAACAUAGCGAUGGCUCCUUCAAUGAUGGUGGUAAUACAGCACUAAAACACACACCGGUGAAAACACUACCAUUUUCUCCUUCACAGUUUUUCAACACAUGCCCUGGAAAUGAACAAAUUAAUAUAGAAAAUCCUUCAUUUACAUCAACCCCUAUUUGUGGGCAGAAAGUUCUCAUUACUACUCCUCUUCAUAAGGAAACAACCCCCAAAGAGCAAAAGGAAAAUGUAGGGUUUAGAACACCUACUAUUAGAAGAUCUAUAUUGGGUACCACACCAAGAACUCCUACUCCUUUUAAGAAUGCGCUUGCUGCUCAAGAGAAAAAAUAUGGACCUCUUAAAAUUGUGUCACAGCCACUUGCCUUCUUGGAAGAAGAUAUUCGGGAAGUUUUAAAAGAAGAAACUGGAACAGACAUAUUCCUCAAAGAGGAAGAUGAACCUGCUUACAAAAGCUGCAAACAGGAGCAUACAGCUUCUGUAAAGAAAGUCAGAAAAUCACUGGUCUUAGAUAAUUGGGAAAAAGAAGAACCAGGGACUCAACUAUUGACUGAAGACAUUUCAGACAUGCAGUCAGAAAAUAUAUUUACAACAUCUUUGUUAAUGAUACCAUUAUUGGAAAUACAUGACAAUAGGUGCAACUUGACUCCUGAAAAACAAGAUCUAAAUUCAACCAACAAAACAUAUACACUUAAUAAAAAGAAACCAAACCCUAACACUUCUAAAGUUGUCACAUUGGAAAAGAAUCUUCAGUCAAAUUGUGAAUGGGAAACAGUGGUUUAUGGGAAGACAGAAGACCAACUUAUCAUGACUGAACAAGCAAGAAGAUAUUUGAGUACUUAUACAGCUGCCAGCAGCACUUCAAGAGCUCUCAUACUGUAAUUGUUAUUAAAAUUGAUGAAAUGCCCCACUCUCUUAAUAUAUUCUUUACUAAAUUAGGUUGCAAUGAAAUUUUUGUCAAGUAAUUGUUUUUAAAGUUUUAAUACAGCACUAAAACGGUUUACAUCAUUUUUCAUAUUGGGCAGGCAGAAAGCCCAGCCACUUAAGUAAGGGGUAGGUAAUUUCAUAGUUUAUUUUUUAAGAGAUGAGAUUUUUAAAAAUUCUUUUUAAAGAACGAGAUGGGUAAACCAUAUUAGAAUGUUACAGAUAUCCUAAAAUUUUCACAUAUUUUCUUCACAAGAUACAUGUUGUUACUCUCUUGAUGCUGCAGUUUUUUACAGAUAGGUUUAUGAGUAUGUAUGACUUCUGCAUUAGUCUGUGUAUGAGAAGCACACAUGGUUUUAUGAAGUACUUUUGCCUAUGUGCCAAUUUCCUUAGGCUAUCAUUUACAAAGAAAUACAAUGGAAAAAAAAAUUGAAAAGGAGAGAAAGUUGCACU